GCCCUGGGCCCCCGAGCCGGCCGGCUGCGGGCUGCGGGCCCCCGGCAGGUAGGGAGCCGUGGCCGCGCUGUGGGAAGUCUGCCUGUUUACUUCCCGUCCACCCCAGCGAAACCGCAGGAAUCCGGAGCCCGGCGCAGGUCGGGAGGUCUGUUCAGCCCCGGUAUCCUGUCGAACCCCGGCCGGCCCCUGUUGCGAGAGAGACAGAGCCAGGGCCAGCGAGGAGAUAACCUUUCCCCCCGGAAAAGUCCCCUCUUGGCCCUGCAGAGCCGCGGGCUGGUUCGUGGCCCCAGAGCUGGAGGAUUUAUGGUCCUGUGCGUGUUCUGGCGUGUCCUGCCAAUAGUUCCUUGCUGAACUCUGGCUACCUCCUGGCUGCUGGCAGUCCCUCGGGGAGCGCUUCUCUGCUUUUGGCACUGACGGAGUGAACCAUCCGUGACGCCGGUGAGGUGCUGGCCGUGGAGCCCCAGCUGUGAGCGCCAGGCACGGGACCCAGCGUGGCACAGCCUCCUCUGGCCACCACCAUGCCGAUCCUCAAGCAACUCGUGUCCAACUCUGCCCACUCCAAGCGCCGCUCGCGGGCCGACCUGACGGCCGAGAUGAUCAGCGCGCCCCUGGGGGACUUCCGCCACACCAUGCACGUGGGGCGCGCCGGGGACGCUUUCGGGGACACCUCCUUCCUCACCAGCAAGGCCGGGGAGCCGGUGCCGGACGUGGGAGAGGAGCCGGGCGCCUCCAAGCCCAGCCUGCUGUCCCGCCGCUUCCGCAGCAGCAAGCGCUCGCAGUCGGUGACGCGCGGGGACCGGCGCGACAUGCUGGGCUCGCUGCGGGACUCGGCGCUCUUCGUCAAGAACGCCGUGUCCCUGCCCCAGCUCAACGAGAAGGACGUGGACAGGAGCGCGGGGCAGCUGCCCAAGAGCCUCUCUUCCAGCCCCGUGAAGAAGCUGCCUGAGGAGAUGAGCCCCGAAGAGCAGCAGCGCCCGAACGGGGCGGCCGCGGGGCCGCUGAGCCCCGGCUUGGACGAGCGCGACUUCGGGGACAUCACGGACCUGCCCGUGGUGGUGGCCAAGAGCGGGGCGGGCUUGAAGCACGCCGAGUCCAUCAUGUCCUUCCACAUCGACCUGGGGCCCUCCAUGCUCGGAGACGUGCUGAGCAUCAUGGAUAAGGAUCAGUGGGAGCAGGACGAAGACCCCGAUGUGGAGGAGAGCCGCGAGGAGGAGGAGGGGGAGCCCGCCCCGCCUGGUUCCCCACUGGUGGCCGUGGCGGCCCUGCCGAGCCAGAGCCCGGCCCGCGGCGCCGGUGGCCGCAGCCCCAGGGACAGCAGUCCGGCGUCCAGCUGCACCUCGGGGCCCGAGGAGCGCAGCCCCGUCCCCAGGCCACCGAGCCAGCGGGGGGGGCCCCUGAAACGCCCCGACAAGGAGUUCUCGUUUGCUGAUGAAGACGAUGACGAGAUCCGGGUAUAAAGGCGGGCGGCCGAGCCGAGGGCCUGGUUCUCACUGCGGUUGCUUGGACACAGGGCUGAACACCCCAACAGGUGGCACUGGGGACCACUCGACUCCUGCCUCGUUCCCUCUCUGUGCUGCAGCAGGACAGCGCUCUGCUCCCGGGGCCAGGGGCGUUCCUGCCGUCUGUCAGACCCCAGAGAGCUCCAGCACUUCCUGGGAGGGGAAGGCAGACUCGAUUUCGGUUCUUUCUGUUGGACUUUGGAUAUUAGCUCCUUUCUCCUGCCCCCUGCCCAUGUAAAGCGAUUUAGGAUCUGACAAGACGAGCCUUUGGAGUUUUAGCCCCUUUAGUAAUAUAUAUAUAUUUUCCGCCGUACAGUUUUUACUGUUUUCUGAUUUGUACUCACCUUUCUCUACUCUCUUUUGGUUUUAACUGAGGGAAGAUUUCCCGUGAGGAAGAACUUGGCUCUGGAGCUCAGAGGUGGCCUGGGACUAUGGGCAGCUCCAGCUUCCUGGGUUUCUUGGGGGCUUUCUGCAGACCAAGAGCCUCCCAGUGGCGUGGUGGCUGCUCGCUCCCCAUCCCUCGGAUGGAUGGAUGGAUCCAUCCCAGAUGCUUGACCCUCUAACCAGCCCGGGGGUCGUGGGGAUGCUCCCAGCCAGCUCCAGGGAUGCUGAUGGAAGUGUGGGUCUGUCUCCUGUGGGAGGAGCACCUGGAAGCCACCGGAGCCAGGGAAUUCCGGUGUCCCGGUGGGGCCGGGCGGUGCCGGGAGCAGGCGGCUGGGACAGGAGGUUUUAUACUGUGUAUGUACAAAUGCAAGGAAUAAAAGGAAAUGGUAGUGAC